AGCCGGCACAGAUGGCCCAACGAUCUCACACUGCCCUGCGGUUUCCACCAGAACACCCCUCUUGCUCCAGGUUGCUCGGCGGCUUGGUGCCCCCCACCCCCACACACGCAUAAGCUAGGCGGCGCUGGCGCCAGAGUGUGCGGCCGGGGGCCUCCUUUGCUCCCCACUUUGACAUUUUGCUCUUCUACGGUAUAUGAUCGCCUGCGGUUGCUCCCCUUCGGAUGGCUGGCUCGGGCGACGCCGCCAAGGAAUACAUCGCUGGAUCCGCUGCCGGUGUCGCCCAGGUGGUCGUCGGCCACCCUUUCGACACCGUGAAGGUCAAACUGCAAGCUCACAAUACGAAGGCUCACAGAAAGUUGUACAAGAAUGCAUCCCACUGCACAAGUAGGAUACUGGUUGAGGAAGGAAUAAGAGGGUUGUAUAAAGGUGCAUCAUCUUCAUUUGUUGGAAUAGCACUUGAAAGCUCCCUUUUUUUCGGCACAUACGCACAUGCCAAACAAUUACUACAGGGAAAAUAUGAGGAUGGUAAGCCACAGCUACAGGUAAUUAUUCCUUCUGCUGCCUGUAGUGGAGCCCUGAUCAGCUGCAUCCUCACUCCGACUGAGCUGAUCAAGUGCAGAAUGCAAGUUCAAGGGAAAGAUGCAAUGCAUGCAACUUGGUACUCGAGCCCUCUGGAUUGUGCUGUGAAAACACUGCAAAGUGAAGGGGUUAGGGGUAUCUUUCGUGGUGGUUUAGCAACUUUGUUCAGAGAAGCAAUUGGGAAUGCGUUUUUCUUCUGCAGUUAUGAGUACAGCCGAUAUUGGAUGCAUAGCUAUACUGAUUCUCCCCGAUUUGCUGGCAACAGUAACUUAAUCCUGGCAAAAGAUGUCGGCAUAGGAAUCAUUAGUGGUGGCAUUAGUGGGAUGGCUUUCUGGACCACUACCCUGCCACUGGAUGUUGCAAAAACUAUUAUUCAGACUGAUCCCAGCCCUCUGUCAAGCCGAAACCCCCUUCGGGUCCUAAGCAUGGUCUAUAGGAGAGCUGGGCUGGCUGGCUGUUAUGCUGGUCUUGGGCCAACACUAGCAAGAGCAUUCCCUGCCAAUGCAGCAGCGAUUGUUGCCUGGGAGUACAGUGCUAAGGUUCUUGGCAUCAGGGGUAGCUAGUACCUAGUAUAAAGGGCGCAGUAUGCAUAUUUUUCACAAUAUUUACUCUCCCACAAACUAACAGCAAAACUCAAUGAUUUAGUCAUUUUUACUGGAUUAGAUGGUUUCUAUCACCAUGACGAGAAAAGGAGGCUUUUUUUAAUAAAAAAGACAUGCCUCUUUGCAAUUCUGUGUAAUUUGUAGAUUCAGAUAAGUUUUCCGAGUCAUUUCCUACUUGAAACUC